AUGGUUAUUUGGUAUUUUGGGUGUUGUGUAAUCCACCCUCUCAGCCUGAUAAACAAGAGCCUGUGCAUGGGUUUUGAAAGGAAGGUGGCCAUCACCUUCUGUGAUCUGAGUAUUUUCUUGCAUACACCUCAGCUAGCCCGUAAAGCAGCUCUCCUGCUCACUGCUAUGUCCACACCAUUGGAGGACGCGAUGGACACCUUGAUUAGGAUUUUCCAUCACUACUCUGGAAAAGAAGGAGACAAAUACAAGCUCAGUAAAGGAGAACUUAAGGACCUCCUCACCAGUGAGCUCACUGACUUCCUUUCAGGCCAAAAGGACCCCCUUCUGGUUGAUAAAAUUAUGAAAGAUCUGGACUCCAAUAAAGACAAUGAAGUGGAUUUUAAUGAAUUUGUCAUUCUGGUUGCUGCUUUAACUGUGGCAUGUAAUGAUUUCAUCGAAGAACAACUAAAGAAGGACGGUUUUUAAAAAUGCUCAGUAUGAUCAGUCUCCUGGCCACAAAUGAGAACAAAGCACGCCUAGUUAGGUAGCCUUCAUCAGCAUUCAGUAAAUGCAAACAAUCAUCCUUCCAACUGUCACUGCUGUAAGACACUUACAGAGCAGAUUAGCAGCUGGUGUAAGCUGGACCAAAGCUGGUUUACCCUAC